AUGUUCUAUUUCAUUCGUGCCUGGCGAACAAGCCAGUUCCGAAAAAACAAAAACAUCGCAAGUCUUUUCAGGUCGCCGUGGCGACCGCUCGACUGCUUCCUUGAUGCCCAGCUCCCGUGGAGGGGAGCCAAUAUGGCAGGAACUGUGUGCCGACUGGCAUCAUGCGAAUCAAUAAUCCUGCGAUGCCGGCCGAUGGCUGUUUACUCUGAUCGACCACGAUAUACUGCAGUGCUGCUGGAUAAUCUGGAUAAACUGAUCAGCCUGCUACUUGCGGCAGACAUUUUAUUGAUCUUCGUCGCUCCAGGCAUCACAGUCGGCGGUCACGCACUGGCAGAAACUUCGGAAGAAAUCGAAGAGUUAUGGCAAACAUUGGACAGAAGCGUCAUCGAAUACAACCCGAUGAUUUGUCGCACGUUCAACAGGUUAACGUGGGGAGCACAAGAGAAAUGGUUCGACGCAGCCCGCUUGCAGAAUCUCGUCAAAAUAGCACGCCAUAUACCGAGAGAUUGGCGCGCUGGUCUUGGCCUGUUGUGCGGAGGAAUGGCAUUUCGAUUAGCCCUGUGGGCUGGCGCGACCUGGCGCCCAUUGGUCCUCGCUUUGGUGGGGAUGAAGCUGGCGAGGUGGAUUUACUCAUUUUAUCAACUUGUUUUCGCCGAUACCGGUGUUGGUGAGAUUCGUAAGCUGGAGACUGCCAGGAAUCGCCCAUCUUCUGGCGUAUCGGAACGAAGCGAUGAAGCUCUGUCGUGGGAAGUGGCUGAAGCGAUGGCAUUCGGACGGUCGCAUCAGGAGUCUCGUAUGGUAAACGUGGAAUCUGGAACAGUACACCGGGCCGAAAAGAAUGUUGCCUCUGUGCAUGGUGAGCGACGACAGAGCUGCCGAAUUCCUACAACCGUGUAUUGCUUUGGGCUGGAGGCAGCAUUCCAAAACAAGGUAUUGAAAGAGUCCGGUCACCGUGAGUCCUUAGCCGAAGAACGGCCGGGAAAGGGCCCCACAGGACCUCAGAGCGAUCGCAACCUAACAAGGGAUCUCCCUUCAGUUUCUUACCUCUUGGUAGGAGCGGAGCACGACGUCCGGAAAGAAGACGUCGAAGACUGGACUGUGCAAGGCACUGUCUACGUAGGUAGGCAGCCCGGCACAGGCCCCUUGGCUCCGCUUCAAGAAGAAGGACGUCAGGUAGUCUUGCCUCAACAGCCGGCAGGAAACGGCACUGGCUCAGGAAGAUCAGAUGAACAGGAAUGGCCGGCAAGGGGCCGCAGGGGAAACACUGUGGCUCGAACAAUUAAUAGAGGACAAACCGCGCAAGAUUACAAGAAGGAAAUGUGGCAUACACUGCUACCUCGUCACGCUCUGCGAGUUGUCAAAAACGUGACAGGCGGCGCCAGCUGUGUAGACGGCUGUCAACAUCGCAUUGGCUUCGUCGUCUUUGGAGUUCUCCCCGUUGGAGGAGGGACGGGCGAUUGA